AAGAGUAGAAUAGAUAGGGGCAGCCAGGGAAGUGUGGCGCCAUGGCAAGUGUGCAUACGAACUGCGUUGGUACUUAUGUUCGUCCAGCAGUUCCAGGUGAUUAUUUCAUUCUGGCAGUAACGAUAUGUCUCGUUUCUUCACUGCGGCUGCCGUGUAGCCACUUCAAGUCGACCGCCAUUCAAUGCUGCUGCUGCUGCUGCCUGUCCACUGUAAGGGGUAUUGGUGCUCUCUUUGCGACUACUGUUUUUUUCGUGCUUUCCAGGCUGAGCAAGAGAAAUCUCUUAUUGUUGGUGCCUCUGUUGGCGAUGCCGGCGACGCCUGUGUUUGCUGCUGGAGCCUCAGAUGAAUAUCAAGUAUACGAGGAACAAGACAAGUUCUCCCUCACUGUACCCAAAGACUGGAUAAAAGGCGAGGGGAAAGCCGGAUCCAGAAGAGUGGUGGCAUUCCAUCCAUCCAAGGCUACUUUCCCAAACGUGAACGUGAUCAUCACGAACCUGGGUGCCGACUUCACCGGGAUCGGCUCACUGGGAUCCGUGGACGCGUUCGCCGCGAGCGUGGUUGGCAGCAUGGAUAGAAGCUACAAGCGGCCGCCUGGAACAGCGGCUCGGCUGGUGAAUGCUGUGUCGAGAAACGGCAUGUAUUAUCUCGACUACACCGUCCAGACGCCCGGGGAAGCCCAGCGCCAUUUCUUCUCGGUGGCCGGUGUUGGCGAGACGCAGUUUUACAAGCAGCUCUACACGGCAACCGGCCAGUACUGGGAGGCUGAUGGAGACAGGGACAGGAAAGCAUUGCAAGAGGCGAUAGAGUCGUUCCGGAUUGUUCACAAGUGAUGGUGCUCAAACAGCACCAGUUUCCACGCAUCCAGAGUGACGUACGUUGUUUGGUGAGGAAGCUGUUAAAUCGUCCCGAGGUCCAUUUAUGAAGCACAGAAACCAUCGCCACCGCCAGGAAGGAUGUGCAAUCAACAGGCGCCGGCUGUGCUCUUCGGUUUGUUUCCACACUCGAUCAAUGGAUCCGUGAGUUCUAUUUAAACGGA